UAGCACCGGCAUGCCUGGACAAGGUCUGACACCGCCACCCGGCUCUCCCAUGCUGCUGAUGCUGCUGAUGUUCUCGUGGCUGCCUUCGGGAGGCGCCCUGUCCCUGGCCCAGGAGCACCUCCCAGCCUUUCCGGGACCCUCAGACACGCACUCCAGUACGGAUGUCUCCAGAGCCCAGGAGUUUCGGAAACGCUACGCGCACCUGCAGACCAGGCUGUGGUUGAACCAAAGCCGGGCUGAUUCAAACUCUGACCUCAUCCCUGCAGCUCAAGUCCGGAUACUCACUCCAAAGCUGCGACUUGGGUCGGGCGGCCACCUGCACCUGCGCAUCGCCCGGGCCGACCUGACUGAGGGGCUCCCGGCGGCCUCUCGCCUGCAUCGGGCGCUGCUCAGGCUGUCCCCGACGGAGCCGAGUUCGUGGGACGUGACUCGGCCGCUGCAGCGUCAACUCAGCCUUGGAGGUUCUCGGGCACCUGUACUACGCCUGCGACUGUUGCCUCAGUGGGACCCGUUGGGAGCGACGUUGCCUUCUGCACGUCCCCAGCUUGAGCUGCACUGGCGGCCACGUGCGGCCAGGGGGCGCCGCAACGCGCAUGCGCACGGCGGGGAUGGUUGCCCCCUCGGGGAGGGGCGCUGCUGCCGCCUUCAAAGCCUGCGCGCGUCGCUCGAGGACUUGGGUUGGGCCGACUGGGUGGUGGCGCCUCGCGAGCUAGACGUGCGCAUGUGUGUUGGCGCGUGCCCAAGCCAGUUCCGGUCGGCUAACACGCACGCGCAGAUGCAGGCGCGCCUGCAUGGCCUGAAUCCCGAAGCUGCGCCUGCGCCGUGCUGCGUGCCCGCCAGCUAUGAGCCGGUGGUGCUCAUGCACCAAGACAGUGACGGUCGCGUGUCGCUUACGCCCUUCGACGACCUCGUGGCCAAGGACUGCCACUGCGUAUGAGUGGCCCUAGUCUUUCACUUUUACGGCUUGUGAGCGAUGGAAGUGACCUCAGAGAUCCUUGCCUGUCGAAUGGGCUUGUGGGACCUGAGAUACCCGAUUUCCCACCACUGCUGUCUACCCCGUCCCGCCCAAACCUCUGUAUUUAUAAGUUUGUAUUUAUUAUUAAUUUAUUGGGAUGAUCUCCCUGGUGACUGGAGGGCUAGGGAGAGCUGGUCUGACGGUGUGCACUUAUUUAAAACUGUGGUAAUAAAAAUAAAGCUGUCUGACCUGAGCCCCGUGGUGUCCAGGAUGAAGCUGGUGACGCUGGGAAAAGCCUUCCCCUCCCUGGCGUCAGUUUUCACAGGGGACCUCGUAUCAGGGUGAGCGGAACCUUUCAGGGAAUGCGUGGUGGGGUGUUCUGGGAUGUCAGGCAGUUGGGUGGUGCUCAUGACACUGAUGUACUUCAAGGACACCCUUCUCUCUGUCUCUGCUUCUCUCUCUCCUUGUUCCUCGGUUUCUGUUUCUGAGACCCUUCUGGGUGUCAGUUUCCCUCCAUAUCUCGUCUCUCAGUAUUCCUGUUUCUGUAGUUAUAUGGUCCUGUCUC